ACCGUCGAAGUGGAGCAGGGCCAAAAUAUCCGUGACGUAUGCGCUGGCGAUUUAUAGCCCUCACAAAGCACCAGACAUCGAUUUUUGGAGGUGGGGUCUUGACGAAACGAUCAAUCCGAGGAGGAACUUUUGUUUUUUUGCUGUGGACGAGUAGAGAGUACCCUGUAGAAUCUACAUUUGUUUGUGGAUGUGAGAGAUUGGAGGAGGAGCACUGGAGAAGGCGGUUGUAUGGAGGUUUGGGUUGUGAGAGGUUGGAGAGGAUGCACUGGUUUUUUUCGCUAGCGUCGCCGGGGCUUCUCUCUCUAAAGCCCAUGCUCUCUCUGAUUUGUAUACUUGAACUAAAAUAGAGAGACCUCUUAAAAACAAAAUGGAAGGAAAAAAAAAAAAGCCAAGAAAAACUUUCUAAUAAUCUUUUAAUGCACGACCAUGCAUUCCUAAGGCACGAGACAAGCACGUCGGCUGAUGCGAUCGAAAAAGAAGCACAUCAUCGAACCGCAACUGAUCAUUAGCUUCCCGCGCGCAAGCGACUCAACACGGUUUUGGCCAACAAAUGUUUCCCGCCAUUUAAAUCGGCGAAGCAACCGCUUUGACCCUCCCUUCCUCGUGGGCAAUGCAACGGUCUUCUCGUCCCUCCAGCCUCACGGGUAGGUCUGAGCCUCCCAAACCUUCUUCUCUCUUUUUUUGGAAACUCUAAUCUGCCAUCCUGUCUCUCCUCUUCCGUUUUCACUCCUCUAUCCUUUGCUCGGCCAGCUCCUCCAUCGAUUCCUCAGGCUUUCAGCUGCCGGUGUCGGGAGUGCUGGUUGUGCAAAGUUGGAGAUUGUUGCUUAGAUUUCCCAUUCUGGUUUAACACAGUAUUUGCUAAAGUUUGAGUUUAGAGAUAUUUAUCUCUAAAAGUUGGCUUCUUGAGAGAUUAGCUUGACUCAGUGAACUGUCUAUUGAGGUAAUUGCUAUCUUCGAACUGAUUGAUUGCAAUAUCUUGGACUUCUAUGGAGGAUGCUUGGUGGUAUAUUUUGGACUGAUCUAAGAAGGAGGCGGCCAGCUCUGUUAUGUUUUAACAUACAAAGUUGAAAAAGGAAAUCAAAAGAAGAGGAAAUUUGUAAAGAGCAUCUGCACUCACAUUCCUAAGUUUUACAAUCUGAUUUGCAUGGGCAUUGUUAUCUCUCUGCUAAACUACAGCAAGUAAAUCAAGUUGUCGUCUUUAAGCCUCAGGAUUGAAAGGUAUGAAAGACGGGGUAACUUUACUUCUACUUCUUGCCAAUCGGCUUUUUUGACGAAAGGAGUAUAUGGUUUUACCCCUUGUUAAUGUACAGUGGAUCAGUUCGACACUCAGAUAGUAUGGGAAAAAGGUCGCCGACUGAUGUUGACGGUGUCAUGUUCUUGCAUGGUGACUUGGACAUAUGGAUCUUGGAAGCCAGAUCACUUCCAAAUAUGGAUGUAUUUUCAGACAGGAUGAUAAAAUGUUUCACUGUCUAUGGAACUUGCACAACACCCUGCGGGAAAGCAGAUAAGCACAAAGAUAAGCUCAAAGAUAAGCACAAAGAUAGGCAUAAAAGUAUGCACAAGAUUAUAACCAGUGAUCCCUAUGUUUCUGUUUGUGUUGCUGGAGCAACAAUAGCGCAAACUCGAGUAAUUCCAAACAGUGAAGAUCCGAAAUGGGAUGAACACUUCUGUGUUCCUGUUGCUCACCCAGUUUCAAAAAUUGAGUUUCAAGUUAAGGAUAAUGAUGUUUUUGGAGCACAACUGAUAGGGGUGGCUGCAAUACCUGUAGACAAAAUUCUGCCUGGUGUUACAGUAAGUGGUUGGUUCCCGGUAGUCGGUCCAUAUGGAAAUCCUAUGAAACCUUAUCCCGAACUGCACUUGUCUUUGCAGUUUAGGCCUAUGGAAGACAACCCUUUAUAUAAAGAUGGAGUAGGAGCUGGUCCAGAAUACUUGGGUGUGCCUAAUGCAUACUUUCCCCUUCGUACAGGAGGGAAUAUUACCCUUUAUCAAGAUGCUCAUGUUCCUGACAACAUGCUGCCCACUAUCCCACUAGAUGGGGGAAAGACUUAUGAGCAUAACAAAUGUUGGGAAGACAUUUGUCAUGCAAUUUUGGAAGCUCAUCACCUCAUCUAUAUCGUCGGCUGGUCAAUCUAUCACUCAGUGAAGCUUGUGAGGGAGCCAACAAGGCCAUUGCCCAAUGGAGGGGAACUAUCUCUUGGGGAGCUGUUGAAGUACAAGACACAAGAAGGAGUUCGUGUCGUCAUGUUGAUUUGGGAUGAUAAAACCUCACAUGACAAAUUCUACUUGAAAACGGAUGGUGUCAUGCACACACAUGAUGAAGAAACCCGGAAAUUUUUUAAGCACUCAAGUGUUCAUUGUGUGCUGGCUCCUCGUUACGCCAGCAACAAACUUAGCAUUUUCAAGCAACAGGUUGUAGGAACUUUAUUUACCCAUCAUCAAAAGUGCGUUAUUGUUGACACUCAAGCUCUUGGAAAUAAUCGAAAAAUAACUGCUUUCAUUGGUGGUCUGGAUUUAUGCGAUGGUAGAUAUGACACACCAGAACACCGGCUUUUCCAAAAUCUUGAUAGUGUUUUUGUGAAAGAUUUUCAUAAUCCUACAUUUCCAGUUAACAGCUAUGGCCCAAGACAACCAUGGCAUGAUUUACAUUGCAAAAUUGAGGGUCCUGCUGCACAUGAUAUACUAACAAAUUUUGAACAAAGAUGGAGAAAAGCUACAAAAUGGCGAGAUUUCAGAUUUAGCAAAGUCACGCAUUGGCAUGAUGAUGCCUUGAUAAAGAUUGACAGGAUUUCAUGGAUUAUUACACCCUUCUCUGACAAGUCUAACACAAAUGUUUCAGAUGAACAGAACCCAGAAAACUGGCAUGUGCAGAUCUUUCGGUCAAUUGAUUCAGGAUCAGUCAGAGGUUUCCCGAAACUUGUUCAAGAGGCAGAGUCAAAGAACCUUGUCUGUGCGAAGAAUUUGAAAAUAGACAAGAGCAUACAUAGUGCAUAUGUAAAAGCAAUAAGAUCAGCACAGCAUUUUAUAUAUGUAGAAAAUCAGUAUUUUAUUGGAUCUUCUUACUGUUGGCCAUCAUACAAAAAUGCAGGUGCAGAUAACUUGAUACCCAUGGAAUUGGCUUUGAAGAUUGUGAGCAAGAUCAAGGCAAGAGAACGAUUUUCAGUGUAUAUUGUAAUACCCAUGUGGCCUGAGGGAAUUCCAACUGCUGCAGCCAUGCAGGAAAUCCUCUUUUGGCAGGGACAAACAAUGGCUAUGAUGUAUAAAUUUGUUGGUGAGGCACUCCAGGAAGAAAAUCUUUCUGAGAAGUAUCAUCCGCAGGAUUAUUUGAACUUUUAUUGUCUUGGAAAGCGUGAGGCACCAAAGGAAAAUCCAUCUUCACCAAAAGUUUCUGGUGAUAAUAGUGCACUGCGUUCAGCUCAGAAGUCACGUAGAUUUAUGAUAUACGUGCACUCUAAGGGGAUGAUUGUUGAUGAUGAAUAUGUGAUCAUUGGUUCUGCCAAUAUUAACCAGAGAUCUUUGGAAGGUUCAAGGGACACUGAAAUUGCGAUGGGUGCUUAUCAACCACACUAUAAAUGGGCUGGAAAGUGUAAUCAUCCACAUGGACAGGUUUAUGGGUACCGAAUGUCUCUUUGGGCUGAACAUUUAGGCAUGGUUGAAGAUUGUUUUCGUGAACCACAAAGCCUUGAAUGCAUCAGACAUGUGAACAGGCUAGCAGAAGAUAAUUGGAAGUCUUAUGUGGCCCCAGAGAUUCAGGAGAUGAAGGGACAUCUAAUGAGAUAUCCAAUUAAGGUAGAGAGGGAUGGAAAAAUUGGCCCUUUGCCUGGGCAUGAAUGCUUUCCUGAUGUUGGUGGUAAGGUUCUUGGAGCACAGUCUACUCUUCCUGAUGUUUUGACGACAUAGGUGUGAUAAAGAGUGAUUCAAAUGAGUUUUUUUUUUCCAUGUAAGUGCAAAAGACCAUCUCAGGCUUGCUUACAGGAUUGAAUCCGUAUAUGUGUGGUCAUGCUCAAGGAUUUUACCACACCGAAGAAACUGUUUCAAUGGUGAAAGGAAGGCAAAGUUUUAAACUCCAA